AUGUCGUUGCCUAAGGUCAUUCUAUUUUCAAUACUAAGUCUAAUUAUUAGUGCUGAAACUUGCCAUUUAAGCGAAAUAAUUUAUCGAAUUCAUAAGGAAUUUAAAACACCAACAGUUAGUUUAGUCGGAUUUGAAAAAGUAUUUUUGACAAAUUUCUUCAUGAGACCAUUCGAAGUGCCUCUGGAAAUUCUUACAUCUCCUAUACCAACCGUUAACUAUAAAAACCCAGAGAAAAGUAUUAUACUUGUGGUUCAAGUGUCAUUAGAUUUCCAAAAAUUUCAUAGCUUCGUGAAUAAAAUAAGAAAUCGAAAAUUUGUGGUAAUUUAUGGAAACACUCUUGCAGAACUUCAUCAAUAUUUUUUCUUCUUUUGGGAGAAACAUUUUACAAGGAUAUUUGGAGUUGCUUCCAACAAAACAUAUGCUUAUCUUCCCUUUGCUGAUAAUCCAGUUCAAGAGUUGUUCUCACCCAAUGAAAAUGCCUUACCCGAUUCACUUAAGGACUUGAACGGAUUUGCACUUCGGACAACUGUACAAGCGGAUCCUCCAAGAGUUUUCUGGUAUACUGGUGAAAAUGGACAACGACAUAUUGGAGGCUCAUCUGGGCAACUUUUUGUAGGUUUUCUAAAGAGACACAAUGCAACUUUUGUCGAAGCAGCCAUUAAAAAUAUAAAUAAUCAACCUGUUUUUGCUGCUUUACGAGGAAAUUUUAGCAAGCAAAUUGACAUUAGCAUGAACACCUUUGACUCUCUGAAAGGUCUUGACCAGUCAUAUCCUAUAAAAUUAAUAAAAUGGGGAAUAAUGGUGCCACUCAAUGGCUACGUGGAUUCAAGUCAGUAUUUUUUGAAACCGUUUCAAUCAAUAGUUUGGCUCUGUUUUGGACUCACGCUAAUCUUUCUGAUUGUAACUGAUAUGCUGAAGGAUAGGUUAAUCGACGCUCCAGUUGAUAUAUGGAAUUCUUUCAGUCGAAUUUUCUUGAUUUUCCUAAAUAGGCCCCCUCAAAGGCCAACAAUUAAUGCUUACAGAUUUGACAUUCAAGUGCAUUUUUUGGCUUUUAUUUCGGUGAAUUUUUACCUCAUAUUUAUGACAUCAUUUCUGACAGUCAACAUUAAAAUCAAGCAAUAUGAAACAAUUCAGGAUUUGAUUGACAACAAUGUGCCCGUUAAAAUGAUUGACUUUGAUUGGGAAUCCUCCGCUGGCCUUGUUCAUCAUCCAGAAGGUUUUGAGAAAAUUAUAGUUCUCCAAAAUCGAGAAAUAUUUCUGCGAGAAUUGAAAUCAAUGAAAAAUACCAAUUUUGCCUAUGCCGAUGGUUCAGAUAAGUUGAACUUUUUAUUGAACUCCCGACUUCAACCAAAAUUUCGGAUUAUUGGUGAUAGCUUACAAACAUUCUACUUGGUAUUUAUUCUUUCAAAGAAUUCACCUUUUCGUGAGAUUCUAAAUAAUUUUAUAUUCGAUGUUCUGAGUACGGGCUUGUUAGACAAAUGGAAACGAAAUGCCGUCGUCCAGGCCCUCAGUGAAGGUUUAAUAAAUCCAGAUCUUGAAAUGGGUUCGAUUGAGCAAUCAAGACCACUUGGUUUAUAUCAUUUUAAAUUUGCUUGGACUUGUUUUGUAAUUGGAAUUGUAAAUGCAAUUGGAGUAUUUCUUUUGGAAAUUUCGAUUGGACGGUUUCUAAAAAAUCAUCUAGACAGAAUUACAGAAUGCUUUUUUAAUACAAUUUUCCGUUUCUAA